CAGCCGACACUAGACAAGGAUACCGCCCAGCUGGCGGAUGGCUUCGAUGUGGUGGUGGCCUUCGUCAACGACUUCGUCACGGCUGAGGUUGUCGAGGUAUUGGCCAGGGGAGGUGUCAAGCUGGUGGCUCUGCGCUGUGCGGGUUUCGACCGCGUGGACGUGUCCGCAUGUGCCCGACACGGCAUCCGCGUGGCGCGAGUGCCCACCUACUCCCCGGAGACAAGCCCUGCAUUGCCCCAAUACCGGCAUCGGUACGGCACCCGUACGGCACCUCCUUUCAGGCAUCUCCACGAAGCCCACAUCCGCACCCGCAUGGGGAACUACUCCCUGAGCGGUCUUGUGGGCUUCGAGAUGGGGCGGAAGGUGGUGGGCGUCAUCGGUACCGGCGCCAUUGGCAUCCAGGCGUGCCGUAUCCUGAAGGGCAUCGGCUGUACGGUGCUGGCGUACGACGUGUACCACAACCCCAAAGUGGAGGCCAUGGGCAUUCCGUACGUGUCCUUGGAGGAGAUGCUUCCCAAGUGCGACAUCAUCACGCUGCACUGUCCGCUGUUGCCGUCCACUCGUCACUUGAUCAACAGAGAGACCGUCCAGCACAUGAAGCCAGGAGCCAUGUUGAUCAACGUGAGCCGAGGCGGACUGAUUGAGAGCGAGGCGCUGUUCGAUGCGCUUGAAAGCGGCCAGAUUGGGGCUCUGGGGCUGGACGUGUACGAAAACGAGGGCGGGCUAUUCUUCGUGGUACGGCUGGGAGGCAUAGCGGUGGGAUUGUGGACGCUCUUGAGCUACCCUCAGGUCCUGGUCACACCGCACUCGGCGUUCCUGACCCAGGAGGCCCUCUUCAACAUCGCCACCACCACAUGUCAGAACAUUGCCGACUUCGUUCUGGGCAAGCCCCUGGUUAAUGAAGUGAAGCCGCCGGCGCCGGCCACCGUAGCAGAGACCGUGACCGUAGUUCCCAGUUGA